AUGGACUUCUUCUCCAGUGUGUCCCGUCUUUUCUUUGACCUCGGGAUUUUAUCUUGGGAUGUUCUCCUUACGCUCUCCAAUCUUGUGAGGAGGAGCCGUCGCAUCAGACAUGUCACCCCUGAAGGCCACCCAGGCUAUGGAGGGUACUGGCCCGAGUAUAGGCCUCCCAAGGAGACCGACUCCCGCUGCUCUUGCCCUGCACUCAAUGCGAUGGCCAACCAUGGAAAAGCUACAGCAAGGAUUACAUUUGAUUUGGAAGAACUCGACCUGCACAGUGGUAUAGAGCACGACGCCUCUCUCUUAUGCCUCAAUGCUGCUUUUCAACCGGACCAAUCUAUAAAACACGUACCUUUUAUUGAGGAGUUACUUGCGGCAGCGACCGGCAAGGACAAGGACGGUAAUGAUCUUAUCACCACCAAAGAUCUCUCCAGGAUGCUCGGCAAGCGACGUGCAGUCGCGCGUGCAGUAACAAGGAGUUCUCGCACAGCUUCUUCCACAAGAUCUUUGGGAGCACGAAUCACUGUCUUUGGAGGUCGCGUAGACGACCUGCGCAGCUUUCUGCUUCAUGAGCGGAUCCCAGAGAGCUGGGAGUCACGCAUUCGCCAACCUUAUGGACUGACUCUGAUGACAUUCAACAAGACCAUACUAGGAGUUGAGUUUGGUGUGUGCGAGCAGGAUUGGGCAGAGGCCGCACGGGAGGCUGUAGAACGUCAUACUGCUCCUACUUGA